UGUGUGCUGUAGAUGACCCGUGUCCCAAUGAAAUCGACAGUAAGAUAGUGGCAGACAUGUGUACAGGCGACCAAGCAGUUGAAGACAGUAUUGACGGAACGUACGUGAAUGACAGUGUAAUUGUACGUGUAAUGAAGCAGAAAGCUAACUGUGAAUGUCGCGUCAGUCUUAUAAACAAUACAAGCAAUUACUCUGUACUUAUGAGAAGAUACAGAGGACUGGGAAGAGUAGUUCCACCGACACAGAACUGUGGACUAGCUAUUGAUGUUCAUUAUCAUAAAGUUACAGGAUCUGAAAGAAAUCUGGACCCAAUUAAAUGUAGAAAUGGUACUAAAAGUCGAGAAAUUGGUAUAGAAAAAAAUGGUGUUAUUAAACUGAAAUCAAAAAUUAUAAGUGGCAAUUUUACUAGAGGAUACUGUAUGCAGAUAUAUAGAAAAAAUGGAGCGGAUGGCCUCAAUGUUAAAUUAAAAAUACAGUGUGAUGAUCCGGAUAAGACAACAACGAAAGGAUACAAUAGAGAAGAUCAGAAGUUAGAAGUAUACAUCUAUAUAGGAGCAGGAGCAGGAGGAUUGCUAAUGAUGAUAUCUAUUCUAUUGAUUUUACUUUGUAUAAGGAACAGAUCAACAAAGAAAGACAAAAAGAAGAAGAAACUGCGAAUGACAGCAAUGAUACUGAUUCUGAUAAUGGCAAAUUGAAAGAUAACAUAUUAUACGUUUCCUCAGAUCCACAAGAUAUCAUUGAAGACGGUAAUUACAGUACUGUAGAUUUAGAAAAUAAACGAAUAGUAAAUGAAAGUACAAGUUCUGGUGUAGAAGAUAGUACAGCUGACGGAAACUACAGUUCAAUAGGAACUACUGAUAGUAGUCCAGAUACUCGGAAUAAACCGAAACCGGCCGUCAACUUUAAUGAAUCGGACACGCAAAGGCAACAUAUAUCUAUCUUGGAAAAUAGUAAUAAUGAGUAUGCCGUGGUAGAUAAAGGGAGACAAUCUGGUGGUGUUAAACAUGCUACUCCUUUGGAGGUAAAGAAUAGCAGCGAGAAAGACACGGAAAUGUCUGUUAUAGAUCAAACAUAUGCAGUGGUUGAUAAAGCAAAUAGGAAAAAAGCUGAUGAAUGAAGACUAAACAAUGUGCAGCAAAUUGUACGAAUUUCCAGAAAAAUACUUUUUAUUGGAGAUUUCGGACAUGACUUCUUAUAAAUGCAGCCUGCAGUUAAAAUGCUUUUUGGAACAAGCGUAUGUAAGUACGUAUCAGCAGACGAUAACUGAAAUAAAAUACCUGUAAACAUGCUUAGUGCCCAAUGCGGUGUGUGUAAUAAAGCCAUACUGUUUAAUCUCUACUUUAUAUUUUGUACAAACUAUAUAACAAUUUAAGGCCUUGCUUUGUCAUAUUUUCAGAUAAUUCAACAGGUUAAAAUGUAUUUUUGUGUUUUGAAAAAAGAGACAUGUUCAGUACACUUUUUUAUUGACAUUUGAGUUAGUAAGUUACCUUAUUCAUCAGCUUGAAAUAGUGAAAACUAUCAACGGGUCAUAAAUAAUAUAAAAUAAUCUAUAUUAUACAUGUAUUGAAUUUGAAGGAUAUAUGAUAUUUAACGAGGCCAAUUAAUAUACAAUAGAUAUCAAAGGUCAACAAUUGUUGAACGUCGAAUUCAUAAGUUGAAAAACACUGUGUGAAUGAUCGACCAAAGUCCGUUUUCAGAGACAAAGAAGCUGUGAAAUGUCUAUCAUCUCUUCACGAUAAAUAUGUUGGUGUUCCUGCGGGCAAAGCUUCAAAAACAUAUUGUCUUUGUACGUAAAUCGUACUACGAGUGUCUUGUAAAAAAUUAGGAAUAAAUAAUACUAUGAAACUGUUUACUCGCGUAGUGGUAUUAACCAUAAUUAUGUGGAUUCUUACAAACUCUAAGGAACUUCUGGAUAAUUUUAAAUCUUGAUCUUCCUCUGAAAUUAAUUCUAUCAAAACUUUUUAUUUUUCAACCCAGUAUACAAAAAGGUUAAACAUACUACACAGAGGAACAAGUGAUCAGUAUGCUGGAGUUUCUCAUAGACAACGUAUUUGUUGAAUUUGGAGGUAGACUUUUUCAAAAAAUUGUCAUCAUUCCUAAUGGAACGAACUGUGCGCCUAUCCUUGCCGACCUUACUUAUUUUCAUAAGGAGUAGAAGUUCCUUCAGAUACGUGUCACUUGUCAAAAACAAUAAGAUCAAAUAACCCAGAUCUUUAAUUUCACAUUCAGGUAUAUUGAUGAUGUUAUUUCCAUUAACAAUCCAAACUUUUCUAAUUGGGUUCCAUUAAAUAUAUCCUUCAGAACUAGAAAUUACAGACCAACAGAUUCGGCUUCCUCUGCCUCAUUUUUAGACUUAUACUUCAAAAUUGACAGAAGCGGUCAUCUCAGUGCCAAAAUCUAUGACAAAGGAGACGAUUUUAACUUUGAAAUUAUCAAUUUCCCCCAACUCAGUAUUAAUAAACCAACUUUACCUGCAUAUGGGAUACACAUUUCCCAACUCAUUCGGUAUUCAAGAGCUUGCAGCUGCUACUCAGACUUUAUAAAACGCGUACGUCACCAAUCUCUGAGCAGAAAGUUGAUGAACCAAGGUUAUGUCAAAGAACGUCUCGUUUAUUUCUAAAAAGGUUCCUUGGAAGAUACCAAGACCUUGUUAAUGAAUAUAUUCACAAAUAAAACAUGAUGGUCUUGGUGUAUAGAUUUUAGGUACUGAUGUUGUUUAUCAUCUUAAUUACGUGUCAUAGUGUUCUUUUAUUUGUCUUGUAUAUUAUCAACCUUUACUGUUUGGUCCAUUUUCAGUAACAUCCUGUUGGCGUAGCUCGGUACUUAUGCAUCUUGCCAUUGUGUUACUGUGCUAUAGUAAUUUUUUGUAUUCUUGUCUUUUAUUUUUGCGUAUGUACUUUGUCUUUAUGCCAUUUAAUUUUUCCUUGUUGACAUAUUUGUUUGUUUUUAUAAUGAUUAAGAUUAAAACACAAUGUGGACUGCUGUA